AUGCCACACAAAAUCGAGGAUAAGGACUUUCUGCUCGCAGCUCGGAGGAAGGAUGCCAAGUCCGUUAAGAUCAAGAAAAACAAGGAGAACGUGAAGUUCAAGGUUCGAUGCAGCCUUUACCUGUGCAUGUUGGUCAUCACGAACAAGGAGAAGGCGGAGAAACUGAAGCACUCGCUGCCCCCAGGUUUGGCUGUGAAGGAGCUGAAAUGAGUGAAGCGGGCU